GGUUUUCAUGAUCCCAUAAGAGAAUAAGGGGCGGCAAUUGUAAUGUUGACUCAGAACAGCGCAACCAACAAAGGAUCCGUCAAUUCUGAACUGGCAAGUCCAAACUUGCGCAAAGCACGUGCCCUGAUGCUGCUCCAUUUUUUUUUUUGCACACUUGCCUUAAAUAAGGAACAGCCGCGCUAUUUCUGGCUUGUUUUCCAUUUCCUUCAUUUCCACCCAGUCCAUCCACAUCCAACAAACUCCUUCUUUUCCUCUUUCUUUCUUUUGUAUUCUCUCUUUGUCUAGAUCGCCCUGCGAGAAUAACAAGGCUGCAGCAUGAAUCAGGACGUGUUGUCGAAAAGCUACACGGACAGUCUCAACAGUUAUCUGCUGUCCCACCAUGAUGAUCUGAGCGACUGUGAAGCGGCAAAUUCGUUACUAUCUCACCGACGGCCAUCGCACACAAACGCAUCAAUCCAUUCAAAUUUGAGCGCUGCUUGUAGCAGCAACAUUCUAUCACGCCAUCCAUCUACGACCGGAUACUACCAAUCCAUGACCAACUCCUCCUCUGCAAACCACAACAACAGCAACAACAGCCCCUUGAACAUGAGGCGUGGAUCUAUGAGUGAAGUACUACCAGAAAAUGCGUAUCUCUCUCGCACAAACACCAUGACUACCACGACAUCCACACAGCAUGACGACGAUGACGAAAACUACCAUGACGCAGAUGAACCAACACCGCUACCACAAUUGCAGAUGUUCAUCAUAUGCACGAUUCUUAUCAGCGAACCGCUUACUUCGACUAUUUUGCUUCCUUUCAUUUACUUUAUGCUUAAAGACUUUCAUCUAUCAGAUGAUGAAAAAGAAAUCGGUGCCUAUGCAGGAUGGAUCAGUAAGUUAUGCUUAAAAAGUGGAAAGGGGGUUAUAGUUGUGAUUUGUGACGGGAUACUGGAUGCAUGUAGCCUAAAGUUCUUGACGUCGUUGGAAACUAAACCACUCCUUCUAAAUGUGCCUCACUCCUUAUUCUGUGUCGCUGCGCCGCCACCCACCCACCAACGAAUUGAUCUGCACGAAAUACAAACACAUCAGCUUCGAUUUUCUUUUUAGCCCAAUUUUGCACAGCCAUGCAGUUCGGCAAGUACUCUGAUAAGAAUGGCAGACGACCGGUCUUGUUACUUGGAUUGAUCGGUAACUCGAUUUCAGCUACUUCCUUUGGUUUGAGCAAAAGUAUCUGGUGGGCCAUGGGAACACGGGCAUUUUGCGGAAUUUUGAAUGGAAAUUCUGG